AUAAGAUCAAACAUUAAAUGCUUCCCGGCCGUGCAUUUCAGCCGCCUGGAAGAGAACAAGAGCAGGAGCAGAGUGGCCCUUCUUUGCCUCCCCGAAACCCCUGGCAACUGCAGCAGCAAAACUAUGAGUCAAUAUCUGGACAUGGACCUGCUACCGCAGAGCAACGCCCGCCAGUGGGCCUUCCUGGAGUCGAUGUAGGAGGGCGCCAAGAUCAACCACCUCCUACUCCUUCCGCCGUACCCUCCCGGCCCACCAUCUCCACGCCUGGUCUCUCACUGUCCUCAUCUUACUCCUUUCAAGGGCAGCAGGCUCAGCAUGGACAGUCACAACAACAAAGUGAAGACAGACAGCCUCCCUCGGUCCUACGGUAUGCGGUGAACGCGCCUCACUUUGUCCCCAAAGCGUCAACAGAGAGCCCCGCUCUUGGGGCCAACGCCAGUCCCUCUCUACCCGCUCAAGCUAGUUUCGGCAAUUUGAGGUCCACAGCCAUGUCCUUCGAGCCAAGUGCUGCCUCAAAUAGGCUGGACAUGGGGGCCGUACCCUUCGUGCCCGGGGGCGGGGGGGGAGGCAUUGGGAGAAGCAGGAGCAGCGCCGGCGACUUAGAGAUCCUCCGGGUGUCUUCUUCCGCCUCCGUGGACGGCCUCAACACCCAAGCCAUGCCGUUUGAACCCGGUGGUAGCCGCGGUGGGGGCGGCGCGACCGCGGGGCUACCCUAUGGGGGAGAGGCGGAGGAAGACGACCUCGGUGAUUCCCUAGUCAACCCCCUCCAUCAUUACGGGGACGAGAUCUUCGACUGGUCCUUUGGUGGGAGUUCUCUCCCGGCCCCCCCUCGCAUGACCUUGCAGCGCAUGGGGGUGCCCGAGCAGUUGCGGCAGUUCUUCCUCUUGAAGGACCUGGACAAGGGCCGGAGUCUCCCUCCAGACGACCCCCGCUACAAGGAGAUUCCCCCAGGCUUCCACCACGCCUACCCCCUGGACGACGCCCAAAAAGCUAGGGGAACGGCGGGGGCCUUUGGCUACCCCAGCGUCACGUACAAAGUCCUCUCUCACGAAGACGGUCGGGUCUACGCCCUCCGUCGCUUCGAUUCCGUGCGCUCCACCCCCAAGAUCGUGGCGGGGGCGCUGGAGACUUGGCGCCGGAUCCAACAUCCCAACAUCAUCCAGCUGAGCAAGGUCUUUAUUCAGCACGGAAACGCCCUCUUUUUCUUGCACGAGUAUCAUCCAGGGGCGCAAAGCGUCACCCAACGCUACGUCGACUCCUCCCGCGGGCACUCCGGCGCCCGCCCUUCCCGCCUUCCCGAGAAACUUCUCUGGUCUUUCGUGACCCAGCUGGUCUCCGCCAUUCGGGCCGUGCAUGCCGCCCAGGCUGCCUGCCGCAUGCUCCACCCGAACCACGUCCUGGUCACCACGGGGGCGCGUCUCCGCCUGGGGUGCGCGGGGGUGGUGGACGUGUUGGAAAGCGAGACCCGCAAGACGUUGGCCGAGCUCCAAACCGAGGACCUGGCCAUGCUCGGUCGACUGAUCUUGACCCUGGCAACCCGCACGCUGCCUACCCCCCAGAGCCUCGGGGCCGCCCUCGCGCAAGUACGGCAACAGUACUCUCCGGAGCUCCAUGCCUUGAGCCUGCAGCUCUGCAGCAAGCCCGGCUUACUGAGCGUCUUUGAGCUCGUGCCCCUCCUGUCUCGGUAUGCCCUGGACGAGCUGGACCGGCAGUACGCCGCCGCGGACGACCUGGAAGGACACCUCUCCCACGAGUACGAGUCAGGGCGUUUGUUCCGUCUGUCCCUGAAACUCGCCCAAGUGACGGGGCGGGCGGAGGCCAUGGAGGGGCAGGACCCAGCCUGGAACGAGACAGGCACGCGGUACAUCCUGAAGCUAUUCAAGACUAAGGCAUGA